AUGCCUCAAGAAAUCGCCGACAUCAAGAAGUUCAUCGAGAUCUGCAGGCGGAAGGACGCAUCUUCUGCCCGGAUCAAGAAGAACAAGAACACCCAGCAGAUCAAGUUUAAGGUCCGCUGCCAGAGACACCUGUACACUCUGGUGCUCAAGGACUCUGAGAAGGCCGAGAAGCUGAAACAGAGCCUUCCCCCCAUCCUGAAAAUCAAGGACGUCCCCAAGAAGAACAAGUCCAAUAAGGCUUCGUCAUAA